AUGAUAGAACCCUCUGAAGACUCAUUUGAGACGAUGAUGGAGCGUAAGAAUCCAUCAUCAAAACAAAUGGAGUCCUCCGAGGGCUCAUCCAACACCACCGAGGAGACAGCAAGCGGAGCGCAGGAGGUGGCGGGGCCGGCCCACGGCCCCACCCAGGAAACGGAAGAGCUGCCCAUUGACCUCCACCAAGACAUGGAGGAGCCAUCCAGUGGCCCACAUAGGGAAAUUAAGGAUCCACCCAAUGACCUACUCCAAGACCUGGAGGAGUCACGCAACGGUGCACAUCAGGAAGUGGGGGGUCCAGUCAGCAAGGCACCUGGUAACAUGGAAGAAGCAGCAGUCAACCCUUGGGGAGACCUGGACGAGGAAGACUAUGACACUGACCUGACUGAAUGGGAAGAGGAGGAGUAUCCUGAAGAGCCGACCGAGGCCUCCGCCGGGGAGUUCAGGACCAGGCUGAGGUCCCUCAUCUCUCUGUACUUCCGGAUGCACGACCUCAAAGAACAGCAAAGGGUGGCGGAAGAGAUCUUGAUGAAAGGGAUCAGCGCGGGCCAGCUGCCCGUGCCCAAACGCUUCUCGGGCGACCGCCGGGAAUACCACGAGUUUGUGGUGCUCUGCCAGCUGAUCUUACAAAGCUACCCGAGGCACUUCUACAGCGACAGCCUGAGAGUCAGGUACGUCACCAGCCACCUCUCGGGCAUGGCUCUCGAAUGGGCCAAAGGUCUGGCGCAGGAAGACAGCCCCCUGAUUCGGGACUUCCCGGCCUUCCUGGAGUCCAUGUCAGAGAUGUUCGAGUACAGGCAGGCACUGCGUGUGGCGGAAGACGCCAUGCUCAACAUCAGGCAAGGGGAUCGCGCCGCCAUCGACUACAUCAACGAGUUCCGGAGCCUGAUACCCACCUUGGGCUGGGCAGACGAAGUCCUGCAGGCGCACCUGUGCCAGGGGCUCAAGGAGGAAAUCCGGUAUUAUCUGUUCCGGGUGCCUCAGCCAGACUCGCUGGACAGUCUGAUCGUGCUCAUCCUGCAGAUAGAAGAGAAGCUGGCCGAGAGAAGGGCCGUGCUCAGGCUGCCCCCCGAGAUCCGCCCUCGGAACAUGACCUGGAUCGACUCACCUGCUCCAGAGAGGUGGGGGGUCAGCAGCUGGCUGCCGUGCGAAGUCCAGCCCACCCGUGACCGCGAGCACCUCUUCCUGCUGCUCAUGGUGAGAGUGAACCCUUACCACAGCGUCGCGGUCCAGGCCCUGGUGGACUCAGGGGCCAGCGCCAACUUCAUGGAUGAGAGGUUUGCCCAAGAGCACUACGUCGAGUUGUACGAGAAACCCUACCCACAGCCCAUCCACACCAUGGACGGCUCGAUGAUUGGCAACGAACCGGUCUGGCUCCACACCGAGCCCCUGGUAUGCAUUCAUCAGAACCACCAGGAGUCCAUUGAAUUCGACAUCGUUCCCUCACCCAACUUCUCCGUGAUCUUGGGCAUCAACUGGCUCCGAGUCCACACCCCCGAAGUUGACUGGGCCCAUGGCCGCUGCACCUUCCACUCUCCCUACUGCCUGAAGAACUGCUUCCGCCCGCCCCCGCCGUGCAUCGCGCUCGAGAGACAUGCCGUAAGCCUGCUGCCCGGACUGCCGCCCCAGUACUCCGACCUUGCCGACGUGUUCAACCCGAAGGAAGCAGAUGAUGAGACUUCCGACCAGCCAAGCUCAGACGGAUCCGAUGAUCUUUCUGAAUCAGAGCCCUCUGAGCUUCAGCAGGCUGGAGACAGUGAUCACAGCGACACCUUCUACGAAUGUCCCUCUUCGGCUCCUUGGGAACCUGUGGAUGCUGGGAUGCAAGAAACAGCCAGGCGGCGGGAUGGAUCCGGGAACCUGCAGGGCAUGCUCACCGACAGACAGGACAGCGUACCCGCGAUUCCAGAACUGUUCAACCACUUACACGGAGCUACAUGGUUUACAAAGCUGGAGCUGCGCGGGACCAUUGUGGAGGGGAGCACAAAGAUACAGCAAGCAGAGGACGUGUGGAAAGUGGCGUUCGGGGUGGAACUCCAAAAGGCAGAGAGCUACCAGCCCUUCGUGGUGUGCUCAGACCCUCUCAUCCCUCAGAGCACGUUGCAGUGCAUCCUGGGAGACAUGCUGGGCCGCUCUGUGCUCUCCUACGGACACGACGUCCUGAUCUACUCCAUGAGCCAGGAGGAGCACUUCCAACACGUCCGCCAAGUCCUGGUCCGCUUCCGGCACCACCACGUCUACUGCUCCCUGGACAGGAGCCAGUUCCACCGGCACACUGCCGAGUUCCUGGGAUUCGUCCUGACCCCCAAAGGGGUGAGGCUGAACAAGAACAUCGUGAACACCGUCACGGGCUACCCGAUCCCUGGCUCUAAGAAAUCCCUGCGACACCUGGUGGAAUUCGUCUUUCCCUACCGCAACUUCGUGGAGCGCUUCGCCCUCAUCGCGGAGCCCCUGGUGCGCCCGCUGCUGACCACCUGCCCCCUCCGCUGGGGGGACGAGCAGCAGGAGGCCUUCGAAUGCCUGAAGCGGGCUUUCCGCAAGGCACCCCUGCUCCACCACCCGAAGCGCCAGAAACAGUUCUACUUGGAAACAGGCAUCACGGAGACCGCCCUGCACGCCGCCCUCAUCCAAGUGGACGAGCACACCGGCAAGAGGGUGUUCUGUGCUUUCUACUCCCGCAUCAUCACCCCCAUGGAAGUCGACUGUUCUGAAGUGGAAAUGAGGGUUCUUCCCAUCCAGGCUGCCUUCACAGUGUGGCGCAGCUACCUGGAGAACACCGAGGAGCCCAUCAUGAUCCUUCUCAACACAGAGGAUCUAGCCUCUCUGAAUAAUGACAGGCUCACCGUACUUCUCCCGGGGCACUGGAUCCACGUCUUCUCCCACUUCCACUACGACGUCAUGGAGAUGCCCGAACAAGACAGCGACUGGCCUCUGCCCAGGCGCAGCCCCCACCGCAGGCCGCGCCGGGCCCGCCCUGCCACCCGCACCCGGCGGCGCGGCGCCAGGGAAGGAUCCCUCAGGAUCCCGGAUGGGGAAGAGGAGGAGAACGAAGAUGCCCCUGCCCAGGGGAGGGGAGCUGGGCAGGCCCAACAGCAAGACUUCCUAACUCAGCUCCAGCUUGACCAGAUAUUCUGCAGCCUCCUCGUCCACCUCAGCGUGGCCCAGAUCAGGGCCGUCAUCCUGCACUUUUUCCGAGGCCUGCUGUUCUGGAAGAACGCUCUGGCCACGGCGGCCCUGCUGGUGAUGCUGAGGGCCAAGCAGCGCCUCCCGCUGCUGCCCGCACCCAGCACCGCGCUGGCACUGUCUCCAGCCAGGCCCUCCCUGCGCCUCAUCCUGGACUCGUCCUUCCUCACAAACCGCGGCAUCGCCGCGGCCAUCACCCAGCUGCUGACCCGGAUGCCCCGUCUUGGGGGCACUGAGGCGGUCCCGGCCGAGGGUCGGGCUGAGCAGAGGGCCCUGGUGCCCCGGGCCUCCCGGGUCCUAAACCUGCCACCUGAGUUCCAGAGGAUGCUGUGCGAGCGCUUCGGGGUCCGAGUUACCCCCCGAGGAGGACCCCAACGCCUCCGGCUCGGGAGCCGCUACCUGGAGCUGCACGUCGUCGGGAGUGAUGUCGUCUUGCGAGAAGCCCUGCAAGACGACCUGCAACGAUACCGUCAGUGUGGCCUGCAUGACGGCCUGCAAGACACCUCGCAGGACGCGCAGGCGGACGACGUGCAGGGCGGCGCGCGAGGGGAGGAUGCCCCAGGGGACCAGGAGCCGGAGGCUGCGGCCUCCGACCCCAACCCCGCCCGCCAGGAGCCCCAGCAGGCCUCUGGGGGGAUCCUCAGCUUCCUGCACAGCCACCUGUCCCGCUCCCCAGAUCAGCGCCCCCUGGCUCACCAGGACCCCGCGGCCAGGACCCUGGCCCACUUCCUGGCCAUGAUCUGCGCGGAGGCCCCGCUCCCGCGCCGGGGCAGACAGCCCAGGGGCGGGGCGAGGCUGGAAGAGCUCCCCGAGGAUGACGAGGAGCAAGACAAUCACUAA